AUGCUCCAUAAACUAAAUUCUCAACCGAUAAUUGCUAAAAUUCCUAAUCAACCUGGUUGCUACUUAUUUAAAGAUAAAGCCGGAACCAUAAUUUAUAUUGGCAAAGCCCAAAAUCUAAAAAAAAGAAUUAGCAGUCAUUUUUUAACUUCCCAAAACAAUUAUUUCCACCAGCAAAUCCAUAGUUUUAAUACAAUUAUUACUAGUAAUGUUAAAGAAGCCUUAAUUUUAGAACAAAAUCUAAUUAAAAAAUACCAGCCCCGUUUUAAUGUUCUGCUCAAAGAUAGUCAUUAUUAUCCUUAUUUGGAAAUUACCGCCGAGGAAAAUCCCCGCUACAAAAUAGUGCGGAAAGUAGAUAAUAAUACUCCUUUACUUGGAAAGAAAAUUAACUCUGAAAAAAAAAGUGAGUAUUUUGGACCUUUCCCCGACGGAAGCAAAGCCCGGGAAAUUUUACAAUUACUAGAAAGAUUAUUCCCCCUUGCUAAAUGCAAGGGUAACCUAGGAAAACCUUGUUUUUACUAUACUAUUAAUCAAUGUUCCGGUCAUUGCUGGCAAAAAGUAAACCCCUCCUAUUAUGAAAAUAUUAAAAAAGAAGUCCGAAAAUUUUUUCGCGGUCAAACUCAGGAUAUAAAAAAGAAAGUUAAAAAUUCUCUACAAAAAAAUAUUACCAAUUUAGCCUUUGAAAUCGCCCAAAAAGAAAAAAAAAUACUAGAUAAUAUUGACCUUUUUACUAGCCAGCAAAAUAUUGAAUUUAAAAAAGGAGAAAAUUGCGAUUUUUUGGGCAUCUAUGAGCAGGAGAAUGUUAUGGCUUUUUAUCUCCUUAUUUAUCGUUAUGGGAAAUUAGUGGCUACUGAUGAAGCCGCCUUCCCAAUUUGGAGCAACCAAGCGGAAGUUUUUGAAACUUAUCUUUAUCAGUUUUAUCAAAAUAAUUUACCCCCGCAAAUCCUUUAUAUUUCCAAAAAAUUGCCCGGAGUUGAAUUAUUAGGAGAGGAAUUUGGAUUUACUUUAAAAUCACCUCAACGAGGCCGAAAAAAGGAACAAGUAAAUAAAGGCCAAGUGCUAGCCGACAUUAGCAAAUUUUUGUCUGUUCCAGUGCCUAAUUAUAUUGAGUGUUUGGAUAUUUCUAACCUCUAUAAGCAAGAUAUAGUAGCCGGAUUUUUGGUUUUUAUUAAUGGAGCAAAAAAUCUAAUUAAAAGUAAACUAUAUAAACUAACUGGAACCGAGCAGGAAAGUGAUAUAUCCCGCAUAAAAAUGGCUUGCUUAACUCAUUAUCAAAAAUAUUCCCAAGCAAGAAUGCCCGACCUUCUAAUCGUAGAUGGAGGAAAGGAACAAGUGAGGGUAGUGAAAAGAACUUUAAAAGAACUGAGCCUAAAAGUCCCGAUAAUUGGACUAGCCAAGGAUGAAAAACAUCAAACUGCCAAAAUAAUUACUAGUGAUUUGAAAGAAUUAGAUUUUGGCAAAAAGGAGAGAAUUAGAAAUUUUUUUAUUAAUUGCCAGGAAGAAGUUCACCGUUAUGCGAUUAAUUUCCACCGCCAAUUACACCGGAAAGGCGUUUUAAAAAAUUAA